UAUUAAAUAUCCACGGCGUCACCGCCUCACCGGGAAAGCAAACCAGAACUCCUUUAAAGAAGAAGAAUAAGAAGAAGAUUGAUACUUCGUCCAAGUUUUCAAGUGUGAAGCAGAUACGCAGCUUUGAUUCUACGUAUUAAAAUCUCGCAGAACUCUAAGCAAUCGCUAUGCCCUUCACUUGCUUCAGACCAACGCUUCCUUUAUGCUUCAAAAACUUAGGGAAACAUGUGGCGGUUGAUAAAUUACAAGAGAGGAGAAGAAGCAAGAAAACAUGCAACACCUUGUGUUUUUCCACUAAGUCUCUCUCUCUUACCGUUUCUUGUAAUUGACCUUGACCAAGUUCUUGACCUAUACUCCUCUACUCCCACCCUAUAUAUAUUUAAACCAAAUCGAGAAUGAUUCUGUCAAUUAUCAUUUGCAUAUGUAUCUAUAAUAGAAUUUUUUUUAAAAAAUCUUUCUCAUGAUUAGAACUAACUUCUUCCACACGUUAUAACACACUAAUCCUCCUAGGCUAGAGAGCUAAACAUAGUAAAUGACUAUCUUGUCAAAUCCUUUGUAUUCGAAGGUGGACAUCUCUUCUUCUUCAUCCAUCUCCUCCUCCCUCCUCUCUCUAAAAAACACCAAACUAUCUUACCUUUUACACUUUUAGCCUUAAAACGGUUUCGCUUGUAUACAAAAUCACAUCUGUUGGGGAUAUAGACAUCUCUCUCUCUCUCUCUCUCUGCAUCUGCAUCUGCUGGUUAUAUAAAGAAUCUGUUGUUACCUCUUCCUUUCCAUCUUUUCCUAAUUCUAUUACAGGAAUCACAGAGACAAUGCAGAAGGUUUGCUGGCCUUACUUUGACCCUGAUUUUGACAAUCUUGGUGAACGCAUUUACGGUCCACCAUGCAGGGUCUACAUCGACAACGACAGCAUCCAAGAUUGCACCGUUGUCAAGUUUUCCAUGUUAAAGACGAGCAUGGAAGUAAACUCACUGACAAAACCGUCAUCAACCACAUCAAACAUGCCAUUGGCACGAGUAGGCGAGAGUCAGACUCUGUAAAAGCCAAUGAAAAUGCAAACAACAAUCCUUUGGAACCUCCACUGAUUGAUCACGGCGAGCAUACGGCGAUAGAGAUGACUGGUACAGACAGACCAGGCCUCUUCUCAGAGAUAUUCGCUGCUUUCGCCGACUUACACUGCAACGUCUUAGAAGCUCACGCUUGGAGCCACAACGCUCGUUUGGCCUGCAUAGCCUACGUCUCUGACGACUCUACUCACGCUCCCAUCGACGACCCCAACCGCUUGGCUUCCAUCGAGGACCAUCUCAGCACCGUGAUCCGCGCCACGGCGGAUCCCGCCUCCAACUCUACGCACGUGGGGCACAAGGAGAACGAGAGGGAUGGGUUUCUUGCUGGACAAGGGAGAGGGUGUAUGAACUCCAACGUGGAGAGACGGCUGCAUCAGCUGAUGCUGUCUGUGAGAGACUUCGACGAACCGUUCUGUGGUGGUUCGCUGUCGCUGUUUUCUUCCUCCAAGUUGGAGUAUUGUGAGAGGAAGACGACGACGAGUGUUUCUAUUGGGAACUGCGAGGACAGAGGGUACUCGAUAGUGACGGUGAAGUCUAAAGAUCGGAGAAGACUUAUGUUUGAUACGAUAUGCACUUUGAUUGAUAUGCAGUACGUUAUCUUCCACGCUGCUCUCCGGUCUGAUGGAGCUGAUGCUUUUCAGGAGUACUUCAUAAGACACGUAGAUGGACGUGCACUGAACACUGAAGGAGAGAAAGAACGUGUGAUUAAAUGCUUGGAAGCUGCUAUAGAACGUCGUGUUUGCGAGGGGGUGAAGUUGGAGCUAUGCGCAGAGAACAGAGUAGGCUUACUGUCUGACAUAUCUCGUGUUCUUCGUGAGAACGGCUUGACUGUUGUUCGUGCAGACGUGGAGACACAGGGACAGAAGUCUCUCAACGCUUUUUACGUCAGGGACAUCUCCGGGAACAAGAUUGAUAUGGAGUUCGUUGAGUCGGUGAAGAAAGAGAUGAGACCUAUCCACCUCGAGGUCAAGAAUGAAGACAGUGCAGAAGACAGAAGUGUCGCGGCUCAUGAACAGCUAGCCUUGGUUGCACCGCAACAGCAACCGCAAGCUCACCGUUUCUCACUAGGUGAGAUCCUACGGUCUCAGAUAGAACGGCUCUCCCACAACUUCGUCCCGACCAAAUGAUUUUUAAUAGUUUUUAAGUAGUUUGGUAUAAAUGAUUAGAAAGUUUGCAAUAAACUCACCUUUGGUUUUACAAGUAAUAACACCAAAUGUAUGUUCUCCAUUAUAUAUCUAUAGACGUUAUGGUA